UCCAUAAGGACACACAGUGGACAUGCCCGUGCUUGUGUUGGAACAAGCACUGUAGAGGUGUAAUCACACAAGGGAGAUUCUCCACCUCUCUGCAGGAACUGAGAAAAAGGAACUUGACGCUGCUGUCUAGCACAACUCGCGUGUUUAUCUCCAAAAGCCAAGAUGCCAGAAACAGCAGAAGCUGUGUCAGCCACUCUCACCACCAACAGAAACUGCACCAUAGAAAUAACCAAUGUCAGCAGUAGCUACUGCCUUAUCAACCCCAAGGUAUACAUGGCAAGUGGCUUCUGUCACCACCCGCCUCAGCCUACGAUUCGUACCACCAAGAUCGAAGUGUGCUCUUUCAUCAAGGAUGACAACACUGCCACAGGCACUGUUGGCAUACUGACCUACGACCUGUUCCAUAUGCAGAGCCGGGUUUGCUCUGAGCGCAUGGCCAUUAUGUUCUCUGUGCCCUUUGACUACAACCUGUACAAGAACCGGCUGGCUGUGGGUGUGGUUGAGCAUUCUCGUGCCUGCGACAAACAUCUGUACAACCAGAUGUAUGAUGGGAAUGACCUCAGUAACUUCACCCGCUCUGAGACAAACGGAUGUGGGCUGGAAUAUAAAGCUACAUAUGUUGAUUUGAGGGCUACAAUGUCUUCUAUUGGCAAAGCCAUUGUUAAAGUGGAGCUCUAUGAUAAAAUGGGUCAUUAGUGUAGAUGAGUCUAAUGGUGUUGCCUUUUUGUACUUUUUUGAUUUGUAACCAACAGAAUAAAUAAACUUCAUUUGAUUUGACUACUGUUGCAUGUUGACAUUCAGAGGAGAGGAAGACUGAUUUUGCUGUCGUCUGUAUUUUGUGUCCGCUGAAAGAUAUCAAUAUCUGACAGCCAGCUCAUUGAUUCUCCAUUAGCUUAUUUCUUGGGCUUAUGUAUAUUGUACACUCCCCUUUUUCUUUGAUUAUGGUAAUAAAACAUUCAGACCCAA